AUGAAACUAUUGAAGUUUCCAUAUCUUGUCCAGCAGAAAAUAAUUGAUUUGAUCGAGUUUCAAAAUAUUCUAGUUCUAUCAUUCUGCUCAAAACGAACUAAAGUUUUAAUUCAAUCCCUACAAAGACAUCGAUGGAAAGAUUUGAAAUUUGUGAAAUAUUCUUUCGAUGAAAAAGACAAAAUCUGUGUUAUUGUGAGAUUAGAAAAUAUUGACGAGUGCAUUUUCUUAUCACCAACUACACUGAAAGAGACGAUAAUUACUUCGAUGGAUGUGUUUGGAAUGGGACCGGAGAUUCCUAUCUGUUUGCAUCCGAGAUAUUUCGGAAACCAAUAUCUCUACGACAGAAAGCAGAAGCAACUAGUUGCCCAAGGAAUUCAUGAUUUUCUCUAUGAAUUUUUCCGAUCGUCGAUUGAUUAUGAGGUUAAAUCUGAACAUAAACUGCCACCAAGUUUGAAAAACAUCAAUAGAACUUGCAUCAAAGUACCUAAAAACACAACUGCCGAAGAGUUGGAAACUUGUUUCACCGCUUCUCCGAACCAGGAAUACAUUGAAAUCGACGGACAUUUCAAUGGAAUUCUCAGUACGAACUCUGUGAUUUAUGGAGCAGAACACUUGAGAAUUUAUUUCAAAGGAGAUCAUGGAGACGAGAUAUUAUUUCGCUUUAAAGGUAACCGACUUCAAUUUCAUGCAACGAAAUUUCAUGAUUCUACCAUCUCUCAAUUUCUCAAAGAGUGGAAGUCAAAUCAAGGAUUUCAAAAUCUGAAAUCUCUAUCAAUAUGUUCUUAUGAGUGGAAAACCUACAACGGUGCAGAACUUUUGAAAGAUAUAGAUAUUAGACAGUUUGAUCGACCAGAAAAUAUUCUUCAAAUCACUUGGCGAAUGAGCAUCUCAUAUCCCUCUCUUAUGAUGUUCCUAUUUCCUCCUCCGAAGUCGUUUCCAUCAGAAUUAAGUUCUCGUGACUACUUGAUAAGAGACGGUGAUGGAGAAAAGGCAUCUGUAUUGAUAGAAAAUCAUAAUGUUCGUUUCGCUCUCUGGAAAGGGAAUUUGUGUCAAAUGAAAAAUAGUUGA